CUUGCCGAAAAGAGGUUAUUACCUUUUUUGCAGUAAUAAACAGUUAUUUGAAAAGUAUUUCAAUUUUUUGACGUUUUUUAUGUAAUUUUGUUAUAAAUCCAUAUCGCUUUGUACUAAAAACAAAAUUUCGUGUAAGUUAAUCCUCCGUAAAGCUUUACAAGUGUUAAUCUAUAGUGACAGCUGUAUAAUAGGCGGUACCUCGCAUAUCCUUUUAAAAAUAUAUAGAUAUUGGAUUAUUAAAAAAUGAUGUUAAUAUGAGCGACUCCUGAUAAAUAUAAGAAGUACAAAGUAACAAUGUCCAAGAACAAUAUUAGUGGCUCCAGAAGUCUAUCCUCCACCAGUUGUAAUAGUAUAACAUCUGAUUAUGAAAUAAUCGAAAAUGGAAUUGAAGACCUGAGCAUAAUAAAAAAUAACAGGCCAUCCAGCACCUCUAGGGCGCAAAAAGCAAAAAGGAUACGAUUUUAUCACAAUGGCAAUAAGUUUUUUAAUGGUAUAGUGGUUCCUGUAGCUCCUGAAAGAUACAGAUCCUUUGAUAGUUUAACCAAUGAUUUGACUAACAUUUUAACUAAAUGUGUAACUUUACCCAAUGGUGUAAGACAUGUAUAUUCUAUGGAAGGCAGGAAGGUGUCCAGUAUAGAUGAUUUGGAAGAUGGCAAAGAAUAUGUUUGCAGUGGAAAAGGGGAACUGUUCAAGAAAAUUGAAUACACCCAAACUGAUACUCUUAAGUCCAAAAGAAUGUCAAACAAACAAAACGUUUCUGUCCAUUUAAUUUCCAGCUCACCCAAAGUAAUACCUCCAGAUUGUAUUCGACCUAGAAUAGUUACACUUAUAAGAAACGGCAUUAGACCUAGAAAGAUACUUCGGAUAUUAUUGAACAAACGAAACUCAUCCAACUUUGAACAGGUGCUAAGCGCUUUCUCCGAAUUAUGUCAGUUAGCAGUGCGUAAAGUUUUUACACUGAGCGGGCAGCCUGUGAACGAUCUACCUCAGUUGUUUAAUACGGACGACGUUUUCUUCGUUUACGGAAACGAACGAUUUUCGCAGGAUGACUUUGAGUUGGAAUUCGAGGAAAGUAAAGAAAUUCAAAAGUACAAAAAAGUUCCCGGGCUGCGAAAUGGAGCGGGUCCAAAGCCGAAAAUGCCGAAAAAAGACCUUAACAGAACCUACGAACUUAGCGAAGACAUUACUUUGCCGCCUAGUUUAAAUAAGAAGUUUGUUGUUGGAAGACUGAUAGGUGAUGGUAAUUUUGCUGUGGUUAGAUUAUGUAGGGAUACAAGAAACAAUAAGGAUUAUGCAUUAAAAAUAAUCGAUAAAUCCAAAUGUAAAGGAAAGGAGGACAUGUUGGAGAACGAAGUAGGAAUUUUAAAAAGCGUAAGUCACCCAAACAUCAUGGGUCUGGUGGCGGAACAGGACACCACGAACAUGUUAUAUCUGGUUUGCGAGUACGUUACCGGCGGCGACCUGUUCGACGCGAUCACUGUGGCGCAGAAGUUCUCCGAAGAACAGGCCGCUCUCAUGAUCGACCACUUGGUUUCGGCGCUCGCAUAUCUGCACAGCCUAAACAUUGUGCAUAGAGACGUUAAGCCAGAAAAUCUUCUCGUUGAGUUGGAAAACGGACGAGUAAAACAGUUGAAGCUGGGCGACUUCGGUUUGGCGUGUGAAGUGACUCGACCGUUGUACACGGUGUGCGGUACGCCGACGUACGUGGCGCCCGAAAUCCUCGCCGAAGGUGGAUACGGCCUGAAGAUUGACGUGUGGGCCGCAGGAGUAAUCCUAUACAUUCUCCUGUGCGGCUACCCGCCGUUCGUGGCGCAAGACAACGACCAGGAAAAGCUGUUCGACACCAUCCUGUCGGGCCAGUAUGAUUUUCCUGACGAAUAUUGGCAGGACGUUUCCGGUUUGGCGAAAGAGUUAAUCCAGAAUAUGCUGCAACUAGCUCCGGAGCUGCGGUUUUCCGCUGAAGAUGUUCUCGACCAUCCAUGGUUACACGUGGGAGAAAACGAAUAAGACAACACUUUUUUAUUUUAAAGGAAUUUGUACAAAUUUAUUUAUAGUUCGUUUCUAAUUUAUAUAAUUUUCUGUAUAUUAUUUUCCAUGCACUAUGUCAAAAUUUAGACUUCCUUUUACUUUGACCAAUGAAGCAAAUUAGUUUUUGUAGAACAUGAACUAGUUCUUGGUUUCAUAGAUUGUUAUGACUUGAAUAGAAGAUUUUAGAGUAGAGAUUCUCUAUAAAGAGGUGCUAUUUCACAACUCAAUAUGCUAUUAAAUUUAUAGCAAGUUUGACUGAUAAUUUAAUACAAUACUUUUAAUUUAAAAGUAUUCAAAUUGUUUUAAAGGCGGCCGUGUAAUAAAUUGGGAUUGAAUUAUUUGCUCAUUUUAAUUUAAAAAUUAAAAUAUUCAUAUCAAAAUUUGUAUUAUUCAUGUUUUGUAUAGUAUAACACUAUAAUUUUUAUUAACAAAAUUAUACUAAAUAUUUUUACCAAAGUGCUUUAGAAGUACUAUUUUUAUUUAUUGUAUUUU